GCACCCCCGCCCCCAACUCACACUUGCCCUCUUUCUCUCUCUCUAAAAAAAAAGAAGAAGAAGAAGAAGAAGAAGAACACAUGUAGGGAGAGAAAACACGAACAAGGACAACGUUUGGGAGGCUGGAUUCAGAGAGACCUUUCUCAGCUAUUGUUUUAGGUGGCAGAAUAGUGUCAGGUGAUGACAGGGUCUAGGGUGGCGCCCCAGGUGGAAGGGGACAAACUGGUAACACCGAGGGUCGUCCUCACGCACUCUGACGUCACCCGUCAUCUGAGGGCGGUGGGGCUGGGAGAGGCAAAGACUAGUAUUAGCCGUCAUCAUCUCCAGUAACCAAAGGGUCGGACCUGGGAAUGUGUUUGUGACAGCCACCUGCAUGAGAAGAAUGUGCCCUGAGACUCAGGGAAGCUGGGGAUUUAGGUGGGGCGGCGGAGGCGUGUCCCGGUCGAACCGUUAGGACCCAAGAGGACGAGCUCUGGCUUCGCCGGCCCUGGUUCGUCACCUGCUAAGUAAAGACCCAAUACUGGGGACCCCACCUGCAUGUUGAAGGAGGACACAACGGGCAGGCUAAGAUGGGUUGGUCCGCGGAAGCCCGCGGUGGGAGGGAGGCUGUGAAGGCUUCCUGUUGUCCCGUUUCCACCAGGGCCCGGCCUGAGCGCGCUGUGCCGACCAGAGGAGGAGCGUCCGGGUUCUGCCGCUGCCCGUUGUCCGGGGAAAUUCCUGUCUGAGUCACAGGAUGGCGGCCGUGGUUCUGCCCCCCACUUGUGGUAAGUCGGGGGGCCCUCAGAGUCCAGGCGGUAAAGGCCCCUGCACCACGGAGCGGGAAAGGAGGGGCCGAGCGGUGAGGCCGGAGUGGAGCCAGAUGCCCGGGGGUCACCGGUCCCCGAUGUGGUUCUUGGGAUUUGGGAUUUUGGUGGUUUGAGUGUCUGUGGAGAUGUCACCUGUGUGGUGAGUAUGGGAGAGCCUCUGAACCGUCUCUGAUUCUUUCUAUAAACUUGGAAAAAUAACAGUGGUGUCCCUUGAACUUCAGUUUCUUCAUCUGUGAAAUGGGACUAAUAAUCUCUUCCUCCAGGUCAGUGAGACCCUUGGCCCUAUUUCCUGGCCCUGGGUCCUGGGUGAGACCGGGCCACUCUUUCAGAGUGUCCUCUGAAAGCUGUGUGUGUGUGUGUGUGUCCACCCACACUGUGUGGGGUGGUCAUGGGUGUGGCCGUGCGUGUGCGUGUCGGGGUGUGGUCAUGUGCAGGUAGGUGGGGAAGCCCCCAGACUGGUGAGUGCUGGCAUACAGAGCCGUCCUGGGCUCUCCUGACUCCUUUCUUCUUCUCCAGCUCAGCCUUCCCUGUACUCAGCCUCUCCUCGGAACGGACGCACGGAGGAGGAAGGGUUGGCUAAGGGCUUCCUGACCGGCUGGUUACCGCCCUGCAGAUGGAGGGAGAUCAGCUUGCAGGAUUUCACAGUCUCACUGGAAUAAGAGAAUCACCUCUGUGUUAGGGGCACGUUCACCGUGGGAGCGGGCAUAAGUAGACAGGGAGGAGCACCGCAGGCUGAGCCCAGAAGCGGUUGAGAGCAGAGCUCAGAACCCUGCCCGCACAUCUUGCGCUUUGGGUUCCCGGCCCCUGGUCCCAUCGUCCUCUGCCCUUUUCCUGCCCACUUGGCGGGGAUGGUCCUUGCCUAAGCCGUGAUGUUUGUGACGGUUCAGCACUCGGUGACCUUCGAGGAUGUGGCCGUGGAGUUCACCCAGGAGGAGUGGGCCCUGCUGGACCCUUCUCAGAGAACACUGUACAGAGACGUGAUGCAGGAGAACUGCAGGAACCUGGCCUCGCUCGGGUGUCACGUUGAUAAACCCAGUCUGACCUCCCAGCUGGAGCAAGAAGACAAAGUGAUGACACAGGAGCGAGGAAUUCUUCCAGGCACCUGUCCAGGUUUGGAGACUGUACUUAAAGCCAAAUGGUUAACUCCUAAGAAGCACGUUUUUAGAAAAGAACAUUCCAAUGGUAUUAAAGCGGAAAGAAAUCAUCUCGGAGUGAAAGUCAAUGAAUGUAAUCAGUGCUUUAAAGUCUUCAGCACAAAAUCUAACCUCACUCAGCACAAGAGAAUUCAUACUGGAGAAAAACCCUAUGACUGUAAUCAGUGUGGCAAGUCCUUCAGCAGUAGAUCCUACCUGACCAUUCACAAGAGGAUACACAAUGGGGAGAAGCCCUAUGAAUGCACGGACUGUGGCAAAGCCUUCAAUGAUCCCUCAUCCCUUAGGCUACAUGUGAGAAUUCACACUGGAGAAAAACCCUACGAAUGUAAUCAGUGUUUCCACGUCUUCCGCACCAGUUGUAACCUCAAAAGCCACAAGAGAAUUCAUACGAGAGAGAAUCACCAUGAAUGUAAUCAAUGUGGCAAGGCCUUCAGCACGAGGUCCUCCCUCACCGGGCAUAAUAGUAUUCAUACGGGGGAGAAACCUUAUGAGUGCCACGACUGUGGGAAAGCCUUUAGGAAGAGCUCCUAUCUGACCCAGCACAUGAGAACUCAUACUGGAGAAAAACCCUAUGAGUGUGAUCAGUGUGGAAAAUCCUUCAGCAGUAGCUUUUCUCUUACUGUGCACAAGAGAAUUCACACUGGGGAGAAACCCUAUGAAUGCAGUAACUGUGGGAAAGCAUUCAAUAAUCUCUCCGCUGUUAAGAAACACGUGAGGACUCACACUGGAGAGAAACCCUACGAAUGUAAUCAUUGUGGAAAAUCUUUCACCACUAACUCUUACCUUUCUGUGCACAAGAGAAUUCAUAAUAGGUGGAUAUGAGUACAGUAAUUAGGAAAGCGUUCAUUGAUCUCUUAACCCUCAGACAACUGACGGUAACUCACUAGAUGGGUGAGUUAUCUGCUGCUGCCUAACAAAUUUCCCUCCAAAACACAGUGGCUUCAAACCUCAUACAUUUAUUAUAAUUUCUGUAGGUCGGGAAUCUGGAAGCGUCUUAGCUGUGUAGUCCUGGCACAGAAUCUGUCAUGAGGUGAAAUCAAGAUGUCUGCUGGAGCCACAAUCAUCGGUGUCUUUACUGAUACAGAAUCUGCUUCCAGAGUGGCUCACUCACAUGUCUAGCAAGUUAAUGCCAGUUGUUGGCAGAGAAUCUUCAUUACUUCACUCUCCAGAGGGCCAAGUAUCUUCAUGAUGUAGCAUCAGGUUCCUCCCAAAGCAUUUGAUCUACAGGAGAGCUAAUGCAGAAGCCCCAUUGUCUUUUUUGACCCAUCCUCAGGAGGACAUACUAUCAUUUCUUCCGUACUGUAUUGCUUACAGAGUGGGAAGAAACAACACAGGGUAUAUAUAUUAGGAGACAGAUCAUAAGGAACCAUCUGAGGAGUUUCCAUGAAAUCAGUGAAGAAAAGCCUUUAGCAGACUCUCAUUCUGUCAAUCUAUUGUAUAUGAAGUAGCCCUCGGUAACUUAAGUCAAUUCCCUCUGGAGAGAAACCUCAUGAGUGCAAUCUUUGUGGUAAGCUUUCAGCUCAAACUCACCCUAAUGUGCACAAAAGAUUAUGUGUGGAGAGAAACCUGAGGAGCGCAGUAGCUAUAGGAAAGCCUUCAGUGAUAUCUCUAGGGAGUCACAUAACAGUUCACACUAAGGGAAAAACCUUAUGACUAUCCUCAGAAUGCAAAAGCCUUCAGCGACACUCACCCCAUAGAGCACAUGUGAGAAAUCACUACAGAGGAAUCCUAAAAGGAAUGUGGGAAACCCUUCAGCACAAGCGUUUGCAUUACUGAGCGAAAGAUGGGGAGAGAUUCCGAAUACAAUUACUGUGGGAAAGCCUCGAAUGUUCUCUCAGUUUUUAAGAGACACGAGGGUUUAUUCUGGAGAGAAAUUCCCUUCGAAUGUCAUCAGUACUGGAAAGUCAUUUUUCCACAUUCCUUAGGAAACUGAGAAUUCACUGCAAAGACACUUGUGAAUAUAAAGACUGAGGGAAUGCCUUUGAUGAUACCUCUUACAUUAGGAAAAAUAGGAAGUUUUCUUUGGAGGCAAAAGUUGUGAGUGUAUCAAUUUGGAAAAAAUCUUUCAGUGAUUCUUUGUUGGUUUGUGAGAACUCACAUUGUAGGGAAACCCUAGAAAAGUGAUGCCUCAGCUCUUUACUGAGGGGCCACAAAAUAAGUUAAACUGGGAAUGGAAAUUAUCAAUUUUGAGUGUGGGUUUACCUUUAUCUCAUCCUAAGAUCGGGCCACUAGUUCAUUAAUUUUCAGUCUUUUUGUUUUAGUAUAAGCACGUCUAUAGCCAUACCUAAAAUAAACCUUAAAUUAUGUUCCAUAGUUUUGUGUGUAACAUGUUAACUCUAAUUUACUCUUUAAAAACAUCAGUACAUAGCAUAUCCAAAAAGACAUUUCUGAAUAUCUCCUGAGUGAAUUAGUUUAUCAUUAGUGGAAAUUAGACCAUAUUUACUAUAUACUUUUUCUAGUUUAAUGGCAUUUUUGUCAGGUAAGCGGACUUUACGAUGCUGAUUGUUUUUUAUCUUUCUCCUCCAGUAUGGCAUUUUGUUUAGCUUCUUUCCCAAUGCCCAUCGUCCCCCACUCAUUUACAUAAAAAAAUGUUUUCUUUGUCAUUCAAGUUGUCAAUGAGCAGGAUUAAAAAUGUGCAACUUAUAAGGCUUCUCUGAGGCCCAGAGAGCAUUGCCUGGCUCUGCUGACCAUGAGGAGUAGGUAGAAGUCACUGGGGAGAACACCAUCUGGCUCGUUGCCCACCUGUAUCCUGUUCGUCUUACCCGUGCUUUCUCUUGAAAGUCGACUCAAGGCCAAGAGUCGGAAGCGCUCUAUUUUGAUCGUGAUGCCAGACACCAUAGUGCAGCACAAAAUGACAGUGACAUGGGCUCCCCCCGGACCUCUGAUUGGCGGUCUCAGCUCUGGACUGCUUAUGCCCAGACUACUCCUUACAUGAUUAAAAGUAACCUCUAACUGGUUGAAGCCAAAGUCUUUUUCUUGGGGGGUUUGUUUUUGAGGUGGUGUUCUGUUCAUGUCCAGCCGAAUGCAAUAUCUAACUAGGAAACCUAUUAGUUGGUCCCAUUUGAUAAGUGUUCCAUGUUUCUUUUAAAAUAAUGUAUAUUCUCUAAGUUUUCGAUGUAGACUAUGUGCCCAUUAACUCAAGUUAAUUGUGUUUUCAGAUAUAGUAUGUACAUUCAGGUUUUUGUCCUCAAACUUAUUUAGUGGUAGAUGUCUAUUAAAGUCUUCUUCUAAGGAUAUGGA